GUGCCAUUCGCUGUUCUCCAAUCCAAAUACGCCAAAUCUUCCCAAAAAUAAAGAAACCUUUCCUUUUCUUUCUCUUCACUCUGUUCCCAUAUCUACAGUGACUCUUCUCUCUCUGUAUAUUACUCUUCCUUCACUAUCUCUCUCUCUUUACUGGGUCUUCUUCAGCUUCUGAGUCUUCUCCUCUCUCUCUAUCUCUCAAGUGGGCUUUGCUUUGCUGUUUUUGUCUUCCUUCGACGACUCACUUUUGCAGAUUCUCAUAAAUUCUUCAAAGCUUUGAGUCUUUUUUCAGAUUCGAGGGUCGGUUUUAUAUAUGCUUCAAAUCUCUUACCCAAAUCAGGUUCUUGAUUCCCUCAGUAUACGAUUCUUCAUUUUUCCUUCCCUUUUGUUUUUCUUCUUCUUUGAUUCCUACUAUAUUAUCAUUAAACCUUAUAUAUAAAAGCUUCCAUUAUUUCCUUAUAUCACAAAUCUAUCUUUUAAGCUUCCUCCACACAUAGAGCAAGAAAAUGGACUUUUUUGAGCUGUGUUUGUAGUUGAAACUUAUUCUUCCCUUUUUUUGUUUUUAGGUAUGGAGACUCUGCAUCCAUUCUCUCACCUACCUAUCUCUGACCACCGGUUCGUUGUUCAAGAGAUGGUGAGCUUACACAGCUCGAGUAGCGGUAGCUGGACUAAAGAAGAGAACAAGAUGUUCGAACGAGCUCUUGCGAUAUACGCUGAAGACUCGCCUGAUCGCUGGUUUAAAGUUGCUUCCAUGAUCCCUGGAAAGACUGUUUUUGAUGUUAUGAAGCAAUAUAGUAAGCUUGAAGAAGACGUUUUCGAUAUUGAAGCAGGACGUGUUCCCAUUCCUGGUUAUCCUGCAGCUUCUUCUCCCUUGGGGUUUGACACGGACAUGUGUCGUAAACGGCCUAGUGGAGCUAGAGGAUCUGAUCAAGAUCGAAAGAAAGGAGUCCCUUGGACAGAGGAAGAACACAGGAGAUUCUUGUUAGGCCUUCUCAAGUACGGUAAAGGAGAUUGGAGAAACAUAUCGAGAAACUUCGUGGUGUCAAAGACGCCAACGCAAGUGGCGAGCCACGCCCAAAAGUAUUACCAGAGACAGCUCUCCGGAGCCAAGGACAAACGCAGGCCAAGUAUCCAUGACAUCACAACCGGCAAUCUUCUCAAUGCCAAUCUCAACCGUUCCUUUUCCGAUCAUAGAGAUAUUCUCCCUGAUUUAGGGUUUAUCGAUAAGGAUGAUACGGAGGAGGGAGUAAUAUUUAUGGGUCAGAAUCUCUCUUCAGAAAAUCUGUUUUCUCCAUCACCAACUUCAUUCGAAGCUGCCAUUAACUUCGCCGGAGAAAAUGUCUUCAGUGCCGGAGCUUAAGGCAACAUAGAAUCCCCAAACUCAGCGUUCUUAAGAAUCUGAGUUUUGAAACUGUAAUUAGAGAAAUAUAAGCAAAACCAAGUUUAUUAUAUAUGUAUUGUGUGGUUUAAAAGUAAGAACUUGUUUUUACUCUGUAUUUUUGUGUUUCUGUCUACUAAAUACCUGUUAUGUUAAAAAAAAUCUGUGUUUUCUUUUCGAUUAAAUUAUAGACUUAUAGUUGUGAAAAAGAGUACUUGUGCUUUAUGACAAGUUGAUAACCCUAACAAUUUA